UGUGAAGGUAGGGCCACAACAUAGCACUCUUCUCUAACUCUAGCUUGCUUGUAAUACUAAAAAGCGCCGGAAGUGAAGGCUUCCUUUCUUCGGCUUAUAUAAAUACAUUGCAAUGCCUUUGUAGUCAGGUCAGAGCUCAACCCUUCUUCCCGAAUCCCUUUGAGGAAGAAGAAAAGCAUCACAACAGCAAAGCUUUUUCUCUCCCUCCAAAAUGGUGGCUGACAAAGGAAAGAAAGCUAAGGUUGCCCCAGUUGAGGAAACUGAACCCGUUGACGACGAGCUCGUUCUCUCAAUCGAAAAGUUGCAGGAGGCUCAAGAUGAGCUCGAGAAGGUUAACGAAGAAGCCAGUGACAAAAUGUUGGAAGUAGAGCAAAAGUAUAAUGAGAUACGCAGACCUAUGUACUUAAAACGGAAUGAUGUUAUCAAGACCAUUCCAGACUUUUGGCUGACUGCUUUCCUGAGCCACCCUGUACUCUGUGAUAUUUUAAGUGAGGAAGACCAGAAGAUUUUCAAGCAUCUGGACUCUCUUGAUGUGGAGGACUUUAAAGACUUAAAAUCAGGAUACUCCAUAACAUUUAAUUUCACCGAGAAUCCUUAUUUUGAAGAUACAAAGCUUACAAAAUCCUUCUCAUUCUCCGAUGAAGGAACAACCCAGAUUACUGGUACUCUUAUCAAGUGGAAAGAGGGCAUGGCUGCUCUGGUUAAUGGUGUUAAUGAUGAGAAGAAAGGAAAGAAGCGAUCCAUCACUCACCAGAGUUUCUUUAGCUGGUUUUGUGAUACUGAACAGACAGAAAUAAUAGAGCUUCAGGAUGAGUCCUUUUCCUCCAUGGAAUUGCAGGUAGGAGAGAUAAUUAAGGAGGAUUUAUGGCCCAAUCCUCUGAAGUAUUUCAAUAGUGAGGCUGAUGAAGAGGAUUCUGAUGACGAUGAAAAUGAAAAUGACGAGGAGGAGAAUGGUGAUGACGAAAAAGGCGAGGAAACAGAUGAUGAAGAAUGAGACAGUAAAACCAUCUUUAGCUGCUUUUCAGUAUUUCCUUUGGAAUGGAUCGCUGCAAAUACUAUAGAAGCGUAUUUUUACCUUUCCUAGUUAUAACGGCUUAUAAAAUUUUACUCAUGGCAGCUUACCUCAAUUCUGCCUUUUUCUUUUUGGUUACUGGUCAGCUGUGGAGUUCUUAUUUAAUAUUUUUAUCUUGUAGGUUAGUUUGGUUUCAUUAUUAUUAAUUUUUUGUUCUGUUUUUAAGUUAGUUUGUUGGAAACGAAACAUAGAGCCAAAUAUAAUAGCAUGCAUUUAUGAACAAAA